CUCUGAUGCGAUGGGGGAAAAAAUGGCGGUGUUCGACGUAAGAUUCACGAGGAAUCAGAGGAAACGUCUUCAUCGUUACGUCGUGUUCGCGAUCCUGGCGAGCCUCCUUAUCGGUCUCGCUCUCUUUCUAAUGGGACUGUUCGCCUCGCUCGCGAUCACCACGAAAUUGCAAUUGCAAGAGACGAACCUGUUCGAGCUGGUGUUCUACACGUUGACGUUGUACGGCCUCUACGUGUUCUUUCACAAUCUGAUGGGCAUGAAGCUGUGCUACAAUUAUUUCCAUUACGCCGAAGGGUUCGGAACAGGUAUGAAAAAGUACUUCACAGACGUCUCGUGGAAGCGGAGGAUAGACAGCAUUCAGGUCGGCAUGCAGUGUUGCGGGAUAGAUUCCUCCGACGAUUGGCACAAGACGUAUUGGCUUCAACGAGAAUUUCUUCUAGUCGACUCGCCCGAUAUCUUGAGGUACGCGAAGUUGGACGGUAGCGUGACGCCGCCUGUGGUGCCGUGGAGUUGCUGUCGAAUCGACGUGAAGGGCCCCUGCUUUCACGAUCCCCUUCAACUCCCGAAUCCAGAGCAGAAUUCCUCUUACGAGAGCCUUAACCCUCGGGGCUGUCUUGCUCCUAUGAAGAUUAUGGUAAACGGGACCCUCUACUCCGCCGCUCUGAUGAUCGCGUUUCUGCUCGUGUUGCAGGUGACAGUGAGCGUGUUGUCGAGGUUCGACUUCACGGCGGCGAGGAACGCGGUGGCGCUGGGCGAUCGGUGGUCAGGCUCGCCCGGUUGGCUCUUUGGCCGCCUGGAUUUCGGCUUGGCCCGUGGACCUAAUCUCUGCCAGAUCGAUCGGAAGUACAGUGGACAAGGGGACUCGAUGAUCGAUCUUCGCCCGCUCGUGUAUUCCAGCGACUCGAAUUGAGAUCUGGACGUUCCACGCCUCGUCGAAAAAAAUUCCUCUUCGAACCCCCUUUAGCUUUUAUCGAAAUGAGAAGCCGCAACGUCCAAGAACGGACGAAGGAAGAAAGGAGAGUGGAGGAAACGUUAGGAUUUAACGAACGAAGCGGGGAGGAUUAAUCGAUCAUCGAUUACGAUACAUUGUCCCCGAGGACAACAAACAAGCCGUCCUCCUCCUCGUGGAGAAGAAGAAGGAGGUGGAUGCGAUAAGAUAAGGGGGCCUGUUCGACGUCUGUCGCCAAGAUCAGGCCGAUACCUUUCACCGUGAUUAUCCGAGGAAUCGGUUAAUCGAGUCGCGCCGCUAAAUCGCUCGUUUCCUCG